CAUUGGUUGACGUUGAGAAAACCAAUUCUAAUAGGAAGCGUUUUGCGAGUUUAACCAAAUAUAUUCCUAUAGCUCUGGAUUAACUGACUAUUAUCAAUAUCCACAUCAAUAUCAAAACACGAAUAUGUGUGAACUUCUAUGAAACAGUCUAAUUUGAAUAUGAUAUAAUCUACAAUCCUUCUCACAAGGAGAGUAGGACGAUCAUUUAUUACUCCACAUUGCCCUCAUCCAUAGAACAUUGCACCAUUAUAAUUGUGCGCACUUCUUUUCACUUUUUCCAGAUUGACGCAAUCUAGACAACGGCCUCGGCACACGCUCGCAUGCAGAGCUUUACCCAUCCGCCCCCAAGAAAAAAAACACAUUGCUUUUUAGUUUCACUUUCUUCCAUUUUGGAGUAGCCUAACAACAGUUUUGAGAGCAUGGUCUGAAAGGUAAGGCAACUGGCAACUACCUUAAUCCCUAUAGGUAAAUUAAGCAAAAUGUAGCGAUAAUAAGGUAUGCAUACAAUGAGUAGCCUAAGUGAGUAGGCUAUAUUAGAGAGUUCAUUGACAAAGACCGAUCGAAGUUACCCCCGUUUCUCCACAAUAUUUUUAGCAGCAGUUUCCUCACCUGUGUCGUUAAACACGGAAUAUAUUCAAAUAUUAUUCCUUAACCCUAACAUAAACUUGUUUAUUUAAUAAAGGUGUCAAUGAUUUCCUCCGGAAUCUAUCCACUGAUACAUAUUUGCAAUGCAUUUUGGCUUUUGUCCACUAGAUGGCAGACUUGGACAGGACGGUAAGAGUGAGCGGUCUGCCAACGAUGAUUGAGGAUGACAGGUUGUCAGACAAGCUACUUAUCUUGUUUCUGAGAAAAAAGAAUGGGGGCGGAGAAAUCAUUUCUGUCGCGAUUGUUGAAGACCCCCGUGGCUCAGCCCUGAUCACCUUUGAAGACAGUAGAGGUAAGAUAAGAUCUCCUUCUGGUAAUCUUACUCACACAGUCGCCCGGAGAGUUAUCCAACAUGGUCAACACGUUUUAAAAAUGGAUGGCAUGCAGUAUGAACUGACCUUAACUCCACAUUGUGAGCAACUGAAACCUGAUAUGGUCAUCUUGAGUAUGUCGGUAACUAUUGACUGUAACCAGCUUCCGUUGAGACAAAUAGCCAUGAAAGUCCUUCUUGAGAAGUACCCUGACAUUAAGUUCAAAUAUUCUACCAAGAAAUUGUGUGAAAUCACAGGGCCCUACUCUCAGGUACAAGCAGCUUUGGCACAAUUGCUUGAACUUCCCAGACACCAAAAAUCGGAGGACACAUCGAGCAGAGUUGAUCAGGCAUACUCUUGUCGCCUUGAUAUGCACGCAAUUAAAAAAUCUCCUCUGCCAGAGUCUUUAAUCAAUAAACCACAUAAUAGUAGUGUAUGCACAGAGCGAACCUAUAGGGAUCAUGCUGCUGUUGACUACCCAUCCACCCGACCUGGAAAACAGAAAUCAACAACUGGUCCGUUUUGGGAAGAGAUGGACAAGACCGAGACUGGGGCCAUGCAGCUUUCAAAUGAUCCUAAAAUGUUGGAUGAAGAUCUCUCCCUAGUGAUGGAUUCAGAAAUGUUUCAGUGUCUGCAGAUGCAUCGUGGAAAGGAUUAUCAGCAGAUACUCAGUCGGAAUGGCGUGGACGUUUUGGAUGUAACUUCUGAGGAUGUGACCACGUUGUUCCUGCGGUGUGAAACACAGUUAGGGGAGGUUGAUGGUGGGCUGCAGCGGCUUAGGUCGGCAAAUAGCCAAAUGAGUCAGCUUUACCAAGACAUGGCGCCUAUGAUCUAUCGUGUUCCCCUGCUUAAAAGCACCCUUCCAAACGGCGAAGUCCUGCAGAGGAUAAAGGAUGAGAUAGGAGGAACACACCCUAAGCUUCUUCUGAAUGAGGAUGACCAAAACAUCUACCUCAUCGGGAGCUAUAGUGACACAUCUGAGGCCAAGGAAGUUAUAAGGGACUACAAUGAAGCCAGGGGAGUGUCUGACCAGAUGGGUGGUCUUCUAAGAGCUACUUCCCUUGACUUCAACUCAGCAUAUCCAUAUGAGGGUCCACCUGUUGUUCACCAACCGAUACCUGGUUCUCUGUGUUGUAAGACGGAUACAAUGCUGGUGCCUGACAAGGAUGAGAACAGAGCUGAGGGAGCAACAAAAUAUAAACCAGCAGCCCAGUUUAAGUACACAGAGCCAGGUUUAUUAGUGUCUCAGCCAGCAGAUUUAACUGGAGCAGGGUUAAGACUAUCCCCUGCUAUGCUUGGUCCCCAGUUAGUCCCGGAUGUUCUUUCAUGCACUGCAAGGUUGACUGACAAAGGUCUGUCAAGGCAGAACACUGGAGAGGACGUCCUAUCUGAGAAUGGAAUCAGACCCUCACAGAGUUCAACAUUAGGGGACUAUGAACAGAAGUUUUCAAAUUCUCCCCAAAUCCAAACUCUGAUCAGUCCAUCAGGAAGUGUGACCCGCCCAGCUCUUGGGGCUGGGCUCGGCUUUAACUAUGAAAGUAGCUCCUCUGAGAUAUCAGCUCCCAAGGUCCAAACGGACAGGCGAUCGGAUGAUGAAGAGCCCCAAGGUCGUGCAAAAUAUAGAGUCAGGGAGCGAACAGAUAGUUUCAGUGACCUCAAAGUCAAGGCCAGGUUGGAAAUAUAUCGUGAACAAAUAACGGUUCCCUAUAUUAUGUGGAAGUACAUAAAAGAGGUAUAUCAGCCUCGAUUUAUAGAAGUUACCAUGGCAAUAAAGGUAGAAGAGCAGCACACAGAUGCUAGGGAUGCUACUACAGUCUUCUUGACAUCUCUUGACCCUUCCAGUGUGAGAGCUUGUCAGAAAGAUUUACAGAACAUUGUUGCCAAGGUUACUGCUGAUUUCUCUCAGUUUGAUCUGAGUUGGACAGAGUUGGGUAUCUCCGACCCAGGAGAUGAAAUUCUACCUGUACUCUUUAAUGAAGUGAAGAGUAGAUUCAAGAAGGUUUCCAUAUCCACAUCAAAUAGGCUCAUAUCUAUUCUCGGUCCAGAACACUUGUGUUCUCAGAUUGCUAGUGCUCUGAGGAAAGAAUUUUCUGUACAUCAGUUCAGAUACCUGGACAACAAAAGUGCUUCUCGAGGGAAGCCUCUACUCUAGCUUCUUCUUCAAAGGCCAUCUCUACAAAUAUAAGCAGCAAUUCCUCAGAGGACAAACAGGAAACAAAUGCACAGUCUACGUUACUCCAUAAUGAAGAAGUCAUGAAUUGGUCAAAAAACAGCAGUAGACAGGAGUCUUUCCCUUGCUCUAACUCUGUCCAGUCUACACUUUCCUUUGUUUUGACUUUUUCCUAAAGUAAGAACAAUUACAGCGUGUGUCACAUUUUGCAUUGUCAUCUUUUUAUUGUUAUUUUUAAUGGAGCUUUUACUGUCUUUUAUCAUUCUGUAUGUGGCUUAUUGAAGGAUUGAAGGAAGCUAUACGUUUGUAAGUGUCUUCUUAAAGAUGGUCAAUUCUUAGGGCCUCGCAAUUGUUCCUGUUGAGUUCAUUUAUUUCUCUAUCUCUUAUUGGUAUUUCAAGCAUUUUAAUUUAAAAGUAAAUGUUGCUUUAUUUGUAUCUAAGAAUGUUUGAAUCUUCUACUUUCAAUCAUUUUAUAAUCCUUGUUUUCAUCUACUGAAUGGAGAAUUGUGCAAUAGAAUUAUUCAACAUCUUUUCUCUGUUCUCUUUUAUCUAAAGUUCUCUUGUAUUAGUUUGAAUUUGUUGUUCUUUUUUAAGCACACAAAAGUAAAAGAAUAAAGAAAGAAUAUAAUUUCAUGUCACUUUUUGUUAUGCUUUUUUAUUAGUCCUGGAAAACAUGUAAGGCAUAUGGUAACAUGACACACUGAAGCAUUACAAGCUCUAGGGACCGUGUGGAAAACAUAGCACCACACAGUUUACCCAGAGUGAAGCACAGAAGCAGCAUCAAUUCAAAGGGUUUAAAAAACAAAGUGUAGACAAGAAGAGAUUUUAUUUAUUUUGCAACCGGGAAACCAACACUUCGGAGCUCUGAGAGUAGCCGGGCAGAUCUGCUUUAGAAGCCAGUUGGAAAGGGAGCAAUGGGGUACGCCGUGUGCACUAUAACUGCUAUUGACUGAACUGUAAGAACAGACUUAUUUAAGGAUCAUUACAAAAUUUUGUUUUUUUUUACUGAAUCAUUCCAAGAGAUAGAGGGAGGUUGAUGCAGAUCGUGUAUGCGCUUUAGGCUCUGACACUGCCGAAGUGGAGGGUGACAUGAUAUGGGUAGGAAUGAAUGGGGACUAGUGGUUCAACUGUUGUUGUUAAGAUUGAAUAGUACUUUCCAAUGCAUCGCUCCCCCUUACAAUACUUAACUUUUAUGAAACCAAUAAUGAGCUACACAAACACACAAAGCCAUAUCAUGUGGCCUCGAUCUAGUAUGUGUAGCCUAACACUUAACAUGGAAAGCCCAGGCAUUUACUCCCCUCUUGUGUUUCUGCAAUGAUGUGGUGAUGGUUUCAUUACAGAGACUUCCAGUGACUGCUAAGCCACUGAUGUGGUAAAUCCUUUUGAGGGAAGGGUAUGUUUGUGCUGCUACAGAGUGAGAAGGAGCAAGUAACUCUGGAUGUAGCAACGGGCUUCAGACAAACCCCUCUGAUUUGGAAAUAGUAAAACUUACAGGAAACACUGAGCAUAUGACUUUCUUUGUUAGCUACUGGUAAAUAACAUUUGUAGCUGAUAAUUGGCACAAUAUAAUUUACGCUAUCCGAAUGUAUAGCGGGAAUGUACAAAUCUAUGAACAUACAAAUGCUAAUACCUGUGCGGUAUUACUUUGAAACAUUUGCACUUUUUUUCUAUGCAUCUCUUGAGUUUGUAGGUGUUUGUAGGCAACAGAUUCAUUCAAACUUCCUACUUGCACCCCUAUCAAAGAAAUUCAACCUUGAGGGGGGAUAUGUGUGUGUAUUACUUAACAUUCCAUUCCAGUUAUGUGUUCCUAAGUUAUGUACUCCAUGUGUGCAGGCAAAAUAAAUGUUGAUAUUGCUAAGAGUUGACAAUUACAGCCAUCAAAAGUCUUGUGCAGUGCAGAAGAAGUGUAAUAACUCAAACUAGCCCGUAGUGAACUCAGGACAUGCUUGGGCGGACCUGGGAUCAGUUAUUUGGACCUGGAGAAUUCAAACAGCUGUGCAUCCGCAAUGACGGCAGCUGUGUUAAGGCUUCCUUCAUUAGCUAUUCCCACAAAUAUUAGCCGGAUCAAAGACGUGCAGAGCUACCAAAUAUCUGGUGAUGCAUUGAUGUAUCAUAUGUAGGAUUAUGAUAUCAAUAUUUAAAUAACGUACACUGUGUUUACUGUAAUACUGAUCACUUAUUUAUAAACAACAGAAAUGAAGGCAGGCAGGCUGCGAUUGGAUGUGAUUUAUUAGCUACGAUUGGGAUUCUUUCAAAUGUAAUUAAAUUUCCAUACACAGUGAUGGGCAGAUGAGCAAAACUGUUUAACAGAGAACACGGUGCAUGCCUACAGUGGAGCAAGGCUGCAUAUAAUUAAACACUCAAUUGUUAGACUUUUGUUAACUGCAUUAUAAAUUCUGUCAGCACCCAUUAUCUUUUUGGAUAGAAAUCUUACACAAUGUUUUUCAUAUUUUUGUAUUCUAUAAGGUUGAGUUAACCUUAAAAAAAACUUUUUUGUUUAUAUGCAAAAGACAAAGAGCCAAAAAAUAGUAAUUUGGCACAAUGGUUCAUACCAACAGAAAGUUUAGCAGUGCCCCCGUGUAGGAACUUUGAACUUUAAACCCUUGAAAAAAAUUAAAUAAAAUAACAUUUAUGAAAACAUAGUUUUACAGAAGCGUUUGUUUGUCUCAUGGCACUCAGGAACACAAGCACCGCUUCAACUGGUUAUCAGGGGGGGGGGGCUUACUAAAGGCUGACAGGAUACAGUCACUUCCCUUCUCCAACCUAGCAGUCCCAGUCCAGCCCUGCCGAACCAACUCCACGUUUCACAUCAGACGGUGUCAGCAAUGGAUGAAUGAUCGGAAAUGUUUAACAAAAAAUUGUUUGUGUGUGUUUGUGUGUGCGUGUGCGUGUGCGUGUGCGUGUGCGUGUGCGUGUGCGUGUGUGUGUGUGUGUGUGUGUGUGUGUGUGUGUGUGUGUGUGUGUGUGUGUGUGUUAGUGAUGCUCUUGGUGAGCUUCUGCAGGAACAUAGUAAAGAUAGUUUUACUAUCUUACUAUCUUUAAAGAUAGUAGAAUGAGAAGAGCGGGACCAGGCCUCAGGUAGGCUGGAGCAGGGAAACUAUGCUUGUAAGUGCAUCAGUGAGCAGAGUGCAAAAUACCAAUACCAACUGGCCUCUACAAACAGGGCCACAUAUUAGACAAGGCGCAAGAGAGAGAGUGAGAGAGUGAGAUAAUUAGAGGGAGGUGAUCUGGGUGGGAGAAUUAUAAUUGGUGCUUUUUUAAACCUGACAAACAACCUGAGGACACGCACAUCUUCACACACGAUGAUACACCACACACAACACAUGAGGAGGCCACUCAUGCUCAACACGUUUCGUUUUUUUUUCUUU